AUGGAUGAAAAUGUAUGGAAUUCUUGUUUGAAGAAGAAACUGAGGCAAAAAGGUAUAGAUCCUGUAACUCAUAAACCAUUAUCUGAUAUUGAGAAUAAUAAUGGAGAAGAAAAUUCAAAUGCAAAGAGUCAAGAAAAAGCAGCAGAGUUAUUAUUAUCAUCAAAUGAAUUGAAUCUUUUGAAAUCAGAAAGUUCAAAAUCAGAUGCAGCUUCUAAUUAUGAGCAAAGAACAUCACCAAAAGAAUAUGCAUUUGAAAUUGAAGGUUCUUGCAACAAAGAUUUUUUCAUUGACAGGUUCAUUAGUACUACUCCUCAUCAUCAUCACAAUCACAAUACAAAUUCUCAAGAUCUGAUGGGAAAUUUUCCAAUUCAGAUGAGUUAUUCAAACACUGAAAAUGAUUGUUUACCAAAUGAUUCAAACAAUCAUAAUCAUAAUUGGUUUAGCCAAACUGGAAAAACAUUUGAUAUGAAUUCUAAUGAAUUUCAUUUCAAUUCCAACACAACAACUAUGUUUCUUCCAAAUUCUUUUGAUAUUCAUUCUGACAAUGUUUCUACUGAGAUGAGAACUUACCAAACCAAACCCGAAUUUGUGAACCUUCAGAGCCCAUGA